AUGACAGAAACAAACGGUAUGGUAUCACCAUGUACAAUCCGUAGAUAUUGUUUUAAAUUUGUGUCAACAAACGAUGGAAGCCUUCAGUGGUUGAUCAUCUGGGAUGGAGGUCGAGAAGUAAGCACCUUCCUCCUUAAAGCAUCCAGGUAA